ACGAUUUUCGAUAAGAUCCUAGAAAAGGAGAUGCCCUCCAAGUGUGUCUACGAGGAUGAUGUGUGCUAAACCUUCAACGACAUCUCUCCGCAAGCGCCGACUCACUUGGGACAUUGCAUUAUGAGAAAGAAAAGCGAAGUGUUCUAAUAUCACUGUUGGUCGUAGGUCGUGGAAAAAUGAAGAUGAGCAUCAAUCGUUCUAUUUGAGCUCGUCCAUUGAUGUGUUCCGUUUUAGUUCUAGCUGUUGCUGUUGGUACGAGAACAAUAAUUAUCAUCGCGGAGUAGAAGCAGAAGGAUCCAUCACCCUCUUGCUAUUCGAGAAAUAAACUAUCAUUUUCACCUGUCAUAGUCCUUUAACCGGAACCUCCUCUUCUCUUUCCUUCCACCCCUGGCUUGAACCGACUUCUCUCCUCUUUCAUUCCCCUGUACAUCGCUGGCAAAGUUGGACGUGAAAAGUGCGGAGAAGACGGCUUCCGCGUUGUGGUGAACGACGGCGAGAAAGGUGGUCAGACUGUCUACCAUCUCCAUCUGCACGUUUUGGGUGGACGCCAACUCACCUGGCCACCGGGUUAA